GUAAAAAUAAUUAUAAAUGACAAUAAAAUACUGUUUAAAAUGAUAUACCUAAAAGUAGUAAAUUUUUUUUUGUUUUCAAUAAUUUUAUUUUUCAUUAGAAUAAAUAAUAUUGAGGGUAAAAAUAUUUUUAAACACGAGACAUUGGUAUCAGUAUGGAGUGGAAUUGAUUCGUUUGUAAAUCAAACAUUAGAAAAAAAUAUUGAUGAUCCUAUUAAUCCCGAAGAAUUAAUAACAACGAUAAAUCAAUUGGAAGAAAAAAUAACGAAUCUAUCAAGUGACUCAAUUGAAGAGCUUAGAAAAUUUUCAAUUAAUUAUUCAGAUAUAAAAAAUUAUCAAAAGUUACUAUCAUUUUUUGAUAGCUGCUAUGAAAAUGAAUGUUAUAAUUGUUUGGUUGAUUCAUGUCCAUCAGAAAUAACAAAUAAAAUUAUUGAAACAUUAAUAGUUCCAACGAGUAAAUACAGAACUGAUUUAUCAGAAUUUAUAUCUGAUUUUAUCAUCAAAGAAAUUAAUGUUAAUCAGAAUGACAUUGAAAAUAAUAAUUGCAAUAAUACUGUCUCAAUUCAAACAAAAGUAUACGAAGCAUCAAAAUACAUUGUCAGCAUUAUUGCUAAAAGUUACCUCAUGAUAUUGCUUGCUUGCACAAGAAAAUACAAUUUUUAUGUAAAACAAAAAUAUCCAGAAGCAAAACAAUGGAAAAUAUAUUUAAUGGAAACUAUAAAAUUAUUUAAUCAUGAUAGUAAUAAAUUAUUGCAUCAAACUAAAGUUGUGUUGGAUCAAAUACCCAAGGACAUUAGACCAUGUGAUCCAGCUGAAUACAAACGAGGUGAUAAUUACGAUCGUUUUACCAAUUUUAUGCAGCCAAUAUUUUUCAAUCGUCUUGUAUAUUAUAGCAUGAUUGACGAAAUGUGUAAAGAUGAUUCAUCAUUAUGUCACUGGUAUUCAUAUGGUAUCCUUGGAGAAUUUGAUUAUAAAAAUUUUGAAAAAAGAAAUGAAUCUUUAUUUAAUUGUACUGAACAGUAUAAUGGUGAUGCUCAAAUAUUUCAUGAUAUAAAAAAUACAGAAAGAAUGUACAGCAGUAUAUUUUUUAAAAAAUAUAAAAUUAUUGAUGAUAAAUUUGGAAGAGCUGAUAUGGAUUUGAAACAUAUUGAUUAUAAAUUUAUCAAACUUAUGUGUUGGGUUGAUAAUGUUAAUAGAAAUAAUACUGUUAGAAGAUUGAGCUUACAACGAGCUGAAGCUACAAUUGGCUAUGUUGUAACUGGAAUUCGAUGGAGAAUUAUAAACAGUGUAUUGUAUAUUGAAAUACAAGAAGGACAACUUGUUAAUGAAACUCGUGUUGAUCCAACAACUGUAAGAUGGAAAAAUGCAAUUGAAGAUUUUAAUUUAACUCGUGUUGUUACUCGUGAUAAUCGUUCAUUUAGUCUGGAUGAUGUUGUGCUGCCAAGGGGAUCAUUAGUAACUGGUGUUGGUUUUGGUGAUGAUGUUAAUGGUGAAAUAAUCCUGAAUGUCUAUGGAAAAGGAGAAAAUGGAAUAGACACUUUUGCAUCACCUUCGUUAAAUGAAAAUCGUGAAAGGAAUGAAAUUAUAUUGAAAGAAGCUGAUCUACCAGAAUUAACGCCUCAUGAAAAACAACAAAAAAUACUGAGUAAAGCUGGUUUAAAUUUUGUUAAAUUUCAACCAAGUGAUUUUAGAAAAGAUCUUAGUCAAACUACUGUUCCAUAUUUUGACAUUCAAGAAAUUGUAACAAACCCACCAACACCUAUUGGUGGUAUUGGAACGUACUGCAAAGGUGUUGAUGGUUUUGGAGGAUUUGUAGGAUUGAAAUUGUUGUCUAUUGAUUAUUCAAAUUAUUUAGAGAAUGAUGAUAGUCAAGAUACAAAUGAUAAACUUGACACAGUUAUUUUAAAAAUUAAAAAUACACAAAUCGAAGUCAAUCAAGUGAACAAUGAUACUAAAGAAAAAACAGAAGAACAAAAUACUGGAAUAUUUUCAAAAAUGAAUUGGUUUUCAAAAGGAUAA